CCCCACCCCGCUGACGGGAUUCAAAAUGGCUGCGGAACGUCGCAGCGGAGAACGUCUCGGCAACGUCGACGAGAACGCGUGAUUCCUUCGCUACUUUUUUCUCUCUUUUUUUUCGCAUCCGCGCGACAAUCCGCCCGCCGCGCGCCUCUCGGCGUCGACCCUCGCCAACCCUCACCGAGGAGGCCCGGCCGCGCUCUCCCCCCCAGUCUCCCCCACCCCUCCGCCGCGACGGCGCCGCUGAAGGAGAGCCGCGAAAAAAAUGGCGUCCCGCGACACUAGCUGAUUCCCGCGAGACACCUCCGAUCUCCGAUGUCAGCGAGGAGGAGGAUGAUGAUUCCUCAUAUUCUCCGGCGUUCUCGCCCCUAACCGACGGUAAUCCCACGUCUGGCGGUAAGCGAUUGUCAAUAUGACUCCUCAAUUGGAACGGAAGCGUGGCUCGUCUGUCAGCUUUACCCGGGCGAAGGAUAGCGAAGAUGCCGAGGACGAGAUUCACAUAUCUCUGGCACCAUACAUACAAACAUAUCUGGCACAUAGUAGCCAGGGAUUGGGAUGUUGCGGUAUCAGUUUACCUGUGCCGUUUGAACGCGCAGCACCGCGUUCCUGGUGGAAUCCCAGAUUCGAUUCGGAAAUCCUCGAGGAACAGUAUAGGAGAAGUGCCUUUCCUCAAAUUAGAUUAAGAUUUCGGUACGCUCUUACGUACAUGUUGCUAGUGUCCUUAUCGUGGCUGACGUAUUUUGUGAUAAUCGGGGUAGAGAAUGAUACAUCGACAUGGGCGGCAAUAGCGGGUGUUUUUGGUAUCGUCGGCAUUAUGGUUUCGGCUGUCUUUUAUUUAACACACACAGACUACUACAAAUCCUACGUAUUACCGACUUCCCUGGGAGUUGCAUCAACACUCUGUUUCCUGUCCUUACUCUUCCUUGCCUUGGUACCGCCUCACGUGGACGGAUUGACUUUGGUCGGACACUUCGCCUUGUGCUCCGAGAUCUUAUUAGUCAUUUAUACAGUGCUGCCGAUGCCACUCUACGCCUGCGUGGGGAUAUCCACGCUGUACUCAUUCAUGUUUGAGUUCCUGACUGCCUAUUUGUAUGGCUCGAAGGACGCACGACAAAGAUUUUACACGAGCGAACGAAUUGUACAAAACGAUACUUCAGGAAUUAAUAAUACGACAGCGGAGGAAGAGAAAGCGUCAGUACUUAUGCAUUCGUCUCUAAAGGAUCCUCUAAAUGUUGCUGGUCUACAGAAUGUGAUACGUAAUAUUAGUGAUUUUACUACAGCAAUUAGUACAGAGGCGAUAUCGAGAUUGCGUGAAGGCAGAGACACGAUGAAUGUCGGACCGAGAUACUCAGAAACGGUGGCUCAACGAUUACACGAUGCCCUAAGCGACACGAAUGUUUUAACGAGAUUAAAUUCUAGCGUCCCAUCAAUGAUAACCGCUAUUAAUUCCACCGUAAAUUCAUCGCCAGUAGAUAAUUAUGCUAACGAUAACUUAUUCGCCGAUGAUAUUGACUUCUCCACGAAUCUCGCAAUAAGGAUCUUGAUGCAGAUUUGUAUUCAUUUGAUAGGCAUGCAUAUUUUGAUAAUGACCUUCGUGAGAAUGCGCGGUACGUUUAUGAAAGUCGGCCAAUCCCUGCUGGUCCGUCGACAACUGGAAAUGGAAAAACAACUGAAGGAGAAAAUGAUACACUCUGUCAUGCCGCCAAAGGUCGCGGAUUGGCUCAUGGAGGAGAGCGAGCGCGAGAGAGAGCGAGAGGACUCUCUGAAAAAGGGCUCGAUACCGUCCAAUAACACUGACAUUCGUUCGUUGUUUCGCCCAUUCAACAUGCUCUCGAUGGAGGACGUCAGUAUCCUGUUUGCCGAUAUCGUCGGAUUUACUAGGAUGAGCUCGAACAAAACCGCGGAGGAAUUAGUGGGCAUUCUGAACGAUCUGUUCGAACGUUUUGAUGAUCUAUGCGAACAUCACGGUUGCGAAAAGAUCUCCACAUUGGGAGACUGCUACUACUGCGUAAGCGGAUGUCCGGAACCAAGGUCCGAUCAUGCAAAAUGUUGCAUAGAAAUGGGGCUAGCCAUGAUCGAAGCUAUCAAGCAAUUCGACAUCGAAAGACGCGAGGGCGUGAACAUGAGAGUGGGUGUGCACACAGGCACCAUACUCUGUGGAAUUGUGGGCACGAAGAGAUUCAAAUUUGACGUUUGGUCGAAUGAUGUGACUUUAGCAAAUAAAUUGGAGAGCACGGGAAAGCCCGGCCGUGUACAUCUGAGUGAAAAUACUUUGAGAUUUCUGGGAGACCAGUACAUUACGGAAAAUGGAGAAGUAGUCAAUGGGGUAAAAACUUACUUCAUUAGAGCCCGUAAAUCGGAUUUCGUGAAUCAAUUUAUCACGAACGUCACAUCACCCAAGAGCAUUUCGCCAUUGAUGCAAUCGCGGAAUCGCCUGGCGUCGUGCAACAAUCAGGCCAAACCGCGAAGUCAUUAUCUCCAUAUGGUCACGAACGCGAGCAAUUACAGGAUGAAGGCUAAUUCCUUGCCUAGUAUUUUGGAUUCCGAGAACGACGGUGACAUCACGGACGAGAAGGAGGACUCAAACAAGAGUCCGACGUCCACCGCUAGCUACGGCAAGAAGAAAGUGCGGCAUAAGCGGUGGAGAUAUCUGCAGAGACAACGGACAACCGAGGAAAUGACACCUCUGGAGAUCGAAGAGGGAAGAAAUAUCGCUAUGGCGCGAGCGAAACCCGAUAUUCAGACGUACGAAGAAUGCAAUGGAUUUAGACGGGUCCCUCUGAACAACGGCGUUGAAAUGGAUCCGAAUCCUGUACCUUCUAGUCCUUUAUUAUCUGGUCAAGAGCCGAUUAGUAAUGCUUCUUCCAUUUGCAGUAGAAAAGAUUCCGGUAUCAAGAGCAAUAGCAGGCGAAGCAGUAUACAACAGCAGUUGUUCCUUAUGAAUGGCAUAACCCAAGGUGAUCUAUUGGGACACAGGGUCAGUGGCUAUUAUACUUCUAGUUCGACGUUAAACUCCACUCACGAACCUUCGUCAUCGGUGCCCCCUUAUCUGUUCCCUCCGAUGAUAACUGAUACAUUUGGCGCGUGCUUUCAUAAAUUACGGAAGCAAUCCGAUCUCCAGUUAAUUAGGUGCGUCCAAGACAACGUGAGCUCUCAGCGUUCAUAUUUUGUCAAACCACCAUUGUCGAGCGUCACUCUCUUCUUCAAGAACAAGGAAAUGGAGAAGGAGUACCGAGAGAAUGCGCACAAGGCCAACGAGAGCAUGGGCGAUAACCCACCUACCUUAGCCACCUCGAGAUUCAACACGUACUUUGACAUUUUGAUAUCUGCCCUGGUUUACACGGCUAUCACAGUCUCGUUGUUCCUUUUGUGCAAACCGACGAUUUAUUAUAUAAUAUUCUCCGUGCUCGCCAUCACCGUUCAAGUGAUCGCGGUGUCGCUCUGCAUCCGUCGACUUCUCUAUUCGAACACGGCUCACGCGACGUUCACGCCGAAGAUCUUUAAGUUUUUCUCCCGGUGGUAUCCGUGGCACGUGUGCGGCGCGGUCUUGGUCGGUCUGCCGAUUAUUUCCAUCUUGCUGAAUUUCACAUGCAACAGCUUUCGGAGCCUCAACAACUUCGAGUAUUACUACAGCUACUUGAUCUUUGUCGGACUAGUCCACUUCUGUAACUUCACGCAGCUCAAUUGUUGGAUGAAAAAUCUGCUGGUCACACUCACCGGUAUACUGUUCAUAUGUCUUGUGGUGACUCACAUAUCACCAUAUCGGGAGAAUCUCAGUAGUAAUAAUAGUAUCAGCAGUGGCAACAAUCGUAUCAACGACUCGCAGUUGAUGCAGUUAGGCGCGCUGCAUCCGAAUCUUAUCAAAUCGCUUGCGAGCGAACUGAAAGGUGGGAACUUUCCAAACGGUACGAGGGAUUUUCUCGCCACUACCGCUUCAACGAGACCGCCAUCGCCAGUCGCGAAAUAUACAGGAGAGCGAGAAGCGUCGCCUACGACUCGUGGGAUAUCUUACACCAGCUAUAAUGAGAGAUUGUACAAUUCGGAGAUAUAUUUGGAUAUGGUGUUGCUAUUGCUGCUGGUCUGGUUCCUAAAUCGCGAGUUUGAGAUCAGUUAUCGAUUGUCCUUCCACGGCAACGCGGUGGCAGCGCGCGACAAGACGCGCGUGCAGUCAAUGAAGAAUCAGGCCGACUGGCUGCUACAUAACAUCAUACCUAAGUACGUGGCUGAUCAGCUCAAGACCACCGCCAAAUAUUCGCAGAAUCACAAGUCCGUGGGCAUCAUCUUCGCCAGUAUCGUCAACUUCAACGAGCUGUACGACGAGUCGUAUCUGGGCGGUAAGGAGUACCUGCGUGUGCUCAACGAGCUCAUAGGCGAUUUCGACGAGCUGCUGGAGAGGCCGGAGUACGUAAAUGUCGAGAAGAUCAAGACGAUCGGCAGCACCUUCAUGGCUGCGAGCGGUCUGAAUCCGCAGGUGAGGCAGCAGAGCGAGCACGAGUACACGCAUCUGUUCCAACUGUUGGACUUCGCCGUGGCGAUGCACAAAGUGAUAUACGAUUUCAAUCGGGACUUGUUGGGUUUCAAGCUGAUUCUGCGAAUCGGCUACAACUACGGCGAUGUCACGGCUGGCGUGAUCGGCGCUACCAAGCUGUAUUACGAUAUUUGGGGCGACGCGGUCAACAUAGCGUCGCGAAUGGACUCCACCGGGGUCGCCGGCAGGAUACAGAUGGCCAGCAAUUGCUUGGACGUUCUGUCGGAACGAUAUGAAUUCGAGCCGCGCGGGCAGGUGUACGUCAAGGGCAAGGAUAAUAUGGAUGUGUUCCUGCUGAAAGGAAAGAAGAAUGAUACGACCGGUACUUGAAGAUUCAACGUCGAUUAUAUCGGUAUUCUCCUACGCGAAGAUUAUAUGUCGAUAAUCUGAUUCGCGGCCUGCAGUAAUUGCGACACUUAGAUUAGAUCUGUCCAUUAAUAUUCUGAGACAUUUUUCAUAGUUUAACAUCUUAUAACUUGAGUUUUUGGAUAGUAAGUGAACCGAGUUAGAUUAAAAGUAAUCUUUUUGCCUUUUAUUUUUAAUUAUUUAAACACUUGUGCAUUGUUAUAUUAAAUAAAAAUGUGUUUUUUAAUAAUCU